AUGAAUAGAGAGAGCAACAAUAACUUUAUUUCGUUAUUUGAUGAGCCCAACAAACCGUUAUGGUAAAAAUCUAAACCCGACUUUAAAAUAUAUCAAAUAUCAAGCGUAUUGACAAUGAAAAAAACAAAUUCUUAAUCAAUAAAAAAAGGAAAGUUUUUCAUAUCUAAUGAAUAUUUGGUAGAGUUUGAUAAUACUUACAAAAGGCAUAUUGAUCUCAACAACAUUAUUUUAGAAUAAACUAACUAGCCAUUUACAUUUAGACUAAGCAGAAAUAAAAAAUAAAUCGAAUUUACUACUAAUGAAUAAGAAUACUAAAUAUGGUUUUAGUUGAUCAAGAAAUACGCUAUUUAAAGAUCUUUUAAUGAAGAUUAUAAACUAUUGAAAGUUUAAGGAUAAGGAAAUUUUGCUAAAGUCUACAAGGCAAUCGGAAGGGACAGUUUCGCAUAUGCUGUGAAGUCAUUCGAGAAGAAAAGCUUCAAAAACCUCACCCUGGAGAGAGAUGCUCUAAAAUUAGAGAUCAGCAUCAUGAGGAAAAUCCAAUUCCCAGGGAUCAUCAGAUUAUACGAAGUUUAUGAGACUGAACAUCAUAUAUGGUUGGUGACAGAUUAUUUAGAAGGUGGGGAAUUAUUUCAGUAUCUUCGAAAUUAACCCUAGGGGUUUAACGAAAUUCAAGUGGCAUUGUUAAUGCAUAACUUACUUAAUUCUUUAGAUUAUCUACACUCCCAAGGCAUUAUUCAUAGAGAUAUAAAACCAGAAAAUUUAAUUCUUCGUUCCCCACUCAAUGCUUCUGAUGUAAAUAUUGCAGAUUUCGGUUUGGCUGACUAUUACAAUCCAGAGGGCAAAUACUUAUUCAAACGAUGUGGAACACCAGGCUACGUAGCUCCUGAGAUAUUGCAAGAGAAAAACUAUGAUUACAAAGUCGACGUGUUCAGUGCAGGAAUUUUAAUGUUUAUAAUGUUGAGUGGACAAUCUCCAUUUCAAACUAAAUCAAAAAACGAACUUGUCAUCAAAAAUUACAAUUGCGAGAUAGAUUACACCAUCAAUAAUUUAUAAUAGAAGAUUAGUCCUGAAGCUUUGCAGCUUUUGAUGAUAAUGUUAUCCCCAAAUCCAUAAUCUAGGUAUACUGCUAAACAAGCUCUAUGUCACCCUUGGUUUAUGAAGUGUUUCACUCCUGUCUAUCAGAUGAGCCCUCCUUAAUUAUAUAUGCCAACCAGCAUGAUUCCAUAAUUUCAGCACUACCCUGACAUCUUUGCAAGGAGCCCAAUAAUGAAUUAACUGCUAAACCAAUCUAUUUCAAAUCUUUCUUUAUCCGGAUCAUCAAAUGUUACACCUUAAAGAACUCAAUCAAAUUCCUUACAAGUACAAAACCCAUGCAAAAUUGCAAUUGAAGAAGAUCACUAAGAUUUCGAAGUUAUUUAGGAAGAAAUUUGUUAGAUUCAUGAAGUCAAUAAAUAUUCAAUCAAUAAUCAACGAAAAUAAACGCCAGCUUAAUAAAAUAAAUUCACUUAAUGA